GAUGAAGUGGGGUGCCGUGCGCGCGCCCCAAAGCCCAGAUUCACAAAAGCAGCAGAUCUGCAGAGAGGUGAACAUACACACAGCCCCUUCUCAGCCUGCUGCACCAAAGCGGAGAAGAAACCGGAGCAAUUUGGUUCAGCUGGGUCUGGUUCCGUCUGGACCAGAACUCGCCACGGAGAUGAGACUUUUAAAAGUAACUUAAAGCCAUCAUUUGGAUCCUGUUCACUUCAAACGCCGCUGAUGUCCCACCGCGCUUCGGAUGUAGCAAGAAUGGCAUAACUUUACAUGCAUUGGGUCCAGUUUCGCGUGGGGACAUUCAUCCCAGCUCGGACCCCGUGUCCAGGCAGCUGAAGCCGAACAAGAGGCGAGGCGGCGGGAGAACCGUGAACCCGGAGCGGCCGGGCGGGAUGGUGCGCCUCUGGAACUGCCUGCUGCUGGGAUAUCUGACCUGGAACCUGCGCAUAUCGGACGCUCAAGGGGAGUACUGCCACGGCUGGUUGGACUCUAACGGGAAUUACCAUGAGGGCUUUCAGUGUCCGGAAGACUUUGACACCACGGACGCGACCGUGUGCUGCGGCUCCUGCGCGCUGCGCUACUGCUGCGCGGCCGCGGACGCACGCCUGGACCAGGGGGUCUGCACCAACGACCGGGAGGUGGACAACACGGAGUUUGCCCCGCAGCCCAUCUAUGUUCCCUUCCUCAUGGUGGGAAGCAUCUUCAUAGCCUUCGUCAUCGUCGGCUCCCUGGUGGCGGUCUACUGUUGCACCUGCCUGCGGCCCAAGCAGCCCACCCAGCAGCCCAUCCGCUUCUCUCUGCGCAGCUGCCAAGGAGAGACCAUCCCCAUGAUCCUGACCACAGCCCCGCCCAGCCUGCGCGCCCCGUCUCGGCAGUCCAGCACGGCCACCACCAGCUCCAGCUCAGCGGGCGGGGGCAGCUCCACGCGGAGGUUUUCUCUGGGGGCUCCGGCCCAGCAGCAGCAAGGCUGCCUUGUGACUGCCACUGUCUCCUCCUCAGCCUCCACUCCAACUCAGACCCCACAGACUCUACUACCUCCUCCACCGCCUCCGCCCUACACAUCGCCGCCCAUAACAGGAGCGCUCCAGCACCCACAGCUGCAGCUCCACCAACCCUCUCACCCCGUUCAGAGCACCAGCUUCCUGCUUCCCCAGCAGUACUUCUUCCCCCUGCAGCCCGACGCCUUCACAGCAACCAAGGGCUUUGCUGACUUUGGACAGAGCUGACAGGGGUCACCAGAGGCUUACAGGAACUCCUGGAUGGCGGAGCAUGAGUCAGUGAGAACAAACAUGGCUGCCCAGGUUGUGAUGUUAAGGACUGAUUGAGUGAACUGGACACAACAAUAGGCCUGUUUGGGGACCAUUUCUACAUUUUAUGCACUUUUAUAAAGUCAGCAGAUCCCUGUGGUCUAACUAAACUCCUGUCCAACUUCCUCCAAACACAUCUAAAUGUCUCAAAAUGUUGAUUUUUUUCUUUCUUUUUUUUUUUUAUAGAAGUAUAUUAUACAGAGAAUGUAGGAAGUUUAAAAUGUAAAAAUUGACACCUGGAAGUGAAGAGACGCUUUCUUUGUGUGGAAAUGUGGGCUUUUAUGAAAUGAUUUCCUAAUGUACGCUAAUUAAAAGUUGUUUUAUUGCCA